AACAAAACAAUUGUUUAACAAAAAAYAAUAUUUAACUUAAAGAAAAAAUGAUUCAAAUACUUAUUUUAACUCUAACCAUAUCUUUGGCCACAGCCAGUCUAAGGGAAGACCAUCAGUUCAUACAAUGCGCUAAACAACGGGUUAACGCACUCAAGGGGUUGUCCGACGACCAACUGAUUGAACGGACUCAACAAAAUCUUGUCGAUGCCUCACAAUUAGUGGCCAAACGAGCCUCAGCUGCCAAAGCACAAGGAUUGGUAUGUUAUGAUACCUUCAACAAUGAUUACGGAAAGUCAGUUAUGGCUAUUAUGGGACCGACUGGUGAACAACAACUGUUGAGUAAUGCCCGAAACCAACGGGAAUGGUCGUCGGCAACUAAACAGAUCGCAACAAUGACUGAGUAUAUUAUGUGUGACGAGGCUUAUCGGGCCAAUCAUAUUAACGAUGCGGUUGAAUGUAAUGUGUUUGAAAAAAACGGUUUAGCACUGACCGAGUUUACAGUCAGUCUACCCAUCAUUGAAACAGUUAUGGGUGCCGGCGGUGYCCUAAUGAAAGGUUGUUCACCACCAAUGGCAUCGGUUAUUACACAGAUGAAGAAUCUCUACGGAAAGUUGUAUUCUGCUGGCAAACAGUGCUCCCAAAGCCAGGAUCUGCCGGUUGACCAACAGUGCCGUAAUCUGAAAAUGUUUAAUCUAGAGUUACGUCGAUUGGGUCAGUUGGGAGCAUUGGUGGCCGCAUCUAAAAUUCCGACACCUUUUUAA